AGCAACAAUAAUGGCCGCUUUGCGAAGACUGGCCGUAGUUGUUGGCAGGCUGACAGGCUCGUCUAUCCCGCGUAAGGAUGUCCUUGGAUUCCGGGCAAAAAAUGACAAGACAGUGCGCGGGUGGCUUGCCGUCGGGGUAGGGAUGGCGGCAGGAGGUGCAGUGGCGUAUUACUAUUUUCACGAGCGACAUGACAGCAAAAGGAAGAGAGUCGGGCACAGCAUCAACGGCCGAGCUCUGCUUCCUUCUUUGCCCGCAGUAGCCGCUAAGGAAAAGGGUCGUCCGUUUGACUUUGAGGAGGGGGACGUCUACAUGUCGUCUCACGAGCACCGCUUUCGCCUCUUCAGCUCGGUGGAGUACGAGGGCCAGCUCUACAUGACUCCGCAGAACUUCAUCGAGUCGGUCACCAUGAGCGAACCCAGAAGCAAGAAGCCCUGGAGGUCCCUCACCAAACAGGAGCUGGAGAAGGUCCUGGCUGACACUCCGCCCGUGUGGAAGGGAACGUCCAAACUUUUCCGGAACCUCCGAGAGCGAGGCAUCAUCGCUUACACUGAGUAUCUCUUUCUGCUCUGCAUCCUGACAAAGCCCCACGCUGGCUUUAAGAUUGCCUUCAACAUGUUCGAUGCUGACGGGAACCAGAUGGUUGACAAGAGGGAGUUCUUGGUGCUGCAGGAGAUCUUCCGUAAGAAGAACGAGAAGAAAAGCCGAAAGGGAGAUGCAGACAAAUCAGCCCAGCUGAGUAUGCAGCUCUAUGGAUAUCAGGUGGCCCCCGUCAACAGCGUGCUUAAAAAAGAGGGUCAGGAGUUUGCGCCCAGGAGCUACUGGGACGUGCUGAGACGCAGCGCAAGUCAAGCUCUGUUUUCUGACCUGGCAGAGGACUUUAGACUAGAGCGUGUGGACGAGAGCAUGAUGAUUGACACGUCCUUGCUGGUGCACUUCUUUGGGAAGAAGGGCAAGGCAGAGCUGACCUUUGAUGACUUCUACAGGUUCAUGGAUAACCUGCAGACGGAGGUGCUGGAGAUCGAGUUCCUGACCUACUCCAAGGGCAUGACCACCAUCAGCGAGGAGGACUUCGCCCGCAUCCUGCUGCGCUACACCACCGUGGACAACAUCAGCAGCUACCUGGACAACGUGCGCCAGUGCAUCCCCGACGAGAAGGGAAUCACCUUUGAAGAGUUCAGGUCAUUCUUCCAGUUCCUGAACAACCUCGAGGAUUUUACUAUCGCCAUGCAAAUGUACAACUUUGCCAGCCGCUCUAUCGGCCAAGAUGAGUUUGCCAGGGCCGCGUAUGUGGCGACAGGUCUGCAGCUGACCCGUCACCUGGUCAACACCAUCUUUAAGAUCUUUGAUGUGGACCACGAUGACCAGCUGAGCUACAAAGAGUUCAUCGGCAUCAUGAAGGACCGCCUACACCGAGGAGGACGGGGCUACAAGACUGUGGAGCACUUCACCUCCUUCAAGUCCUGUCUGAAGAAGGAGCUGGCUGGCAGAUAAGUGAACAGGCACGGCACCGGCUCCUUCUCCGCCUGCAUCCGCUCGGAGGGUGGGAAGCAUGUCCGCCAGCUGUGGAGGAGGUUCAAGGAGAAGGCUUAGAUGGAGGAGGAGUGGAGGAGGAGGAGGAGGAGGAAGAGGAGGUCAACAGAAGGAAAACGGAAGGAAGGCCGUACAACUUACUCUGCUGAAAGGCCAUUCAGGGGCCUGCAAGAUUUACACCUAGAGACUGCACUACUGAUGGGAACAAGACCAGUCUAUAUUAUAAGUGAGACAGACUUCUAAUGUGGACUGAGAAGGUGGUAUUUGUAGGGGAGACCAGGUAGAGUUGUUCAAGGGGACAGUAGUAAAAUGCUUCAUUUUUCAGCUCAGCUACUCACAGGCAAAAUAAGUGAUAGCAACAGCAUACUAUGUUCAAAAUUUGAACUUGCAUCCCUGUCUGUCAAAAGUUAGAGACAGAAAAUAGAAUAGUUUUGUUGGUCAGUUGUGCACCUUAAGUUUUGAGCGACUGGCAGUAGGGCGAGAGCUGUGUAAAGCUUUGUAAAGACUGCAGUUUGGGUUUGAGUAAUGCAUGGCUGUUGCUGUACACUUGACUGACCUCUUGUCCCCUGCCACUGUGGCCUCAAAGCUGCAGCAAAAGCAAAGACACUCAUUUCAUUUAGAUUCAAAUCAUAGAAAAAGUCACCUGUGCUUGAAGCAGUGAUGUAAAGAAAGAGCCUGGAGGUGCAUGUUACAGAAAUGAUCAAAUGAAAGGUGUCACUUCAGAUAUUUUACAAGGCAUAAUACAGAAAGUACAACAACUCUACCCAGUCUCCCCACCACCAAUGUACCUGUCACCCUCUAAUGUACCUGUCAUCUUGUUAACACUGGUCUCAGUCUUUGAGUUUCGUGGCAUUACUUGAGAGAGAUUCGAAACUUAAACAUUCUAUGUUUUUGUGUUUGUUUGUUGGUUUUACUUGGUUGAAAAGACGUCUCUAUAUGAAGAACACCAUCAUGGUGACAUACAAUACCAGUAGGAUGUAGUCAAGCAGAACAUGGGUUUACAAGUUCUCUAUAUGCUCUCUACAUAUCUAGUCAUAUGUCUUUUAAUCUUAGUUUAAAGCAUGGCAUUUUUCAUCGAUGAUUUUAUAAUUUUCUUCUGUUUGAUCCAAAAACCAGAAGGGUUUUUAUAUUUGAUACAUUCCAUUACAUGUUUGCCAUUUUGUAUCAGCAUGUUGUCUCAACAAUAUAUAUCAACUUAUAUUUUUUCAUUUAUUGAAUAUUAAGGGAAGAUCAUUUAUUAGCUGGACAAGUGGAUGGUUUAUGCAGCCCCAGUACAGGGAAGGCCUAAGAUGGUUGUGCAUGACUAUCCAAUUGAGUAAUGCUUUCUAUGGCCUCUUUUGUGUGCACUGACAUUGCCAGAAAGAAAAUGAAACUCGAACAGUAAGCAAUAAAAAAAAACAAUGCAAAUAGAAUGUUUAAAAAACCUACUUAAAUUAUAGUUAUCAAGCAAUUAAAACUUUAUGAAGUUAGUCUUAAAUCACUUUAAAGGGUGCCGGUGUGUCUGUGAGAGAGUGUGUGUGUGUGUGUGUGUGUGUGUGUGUGUGCAUGAGCAUCUACUCAUUCCAUAGUUAAACGCAUGCAUCAGAGUAACUGUCAUAACUGCUGUUAGGAUCUGCAAAGUAAUUACAAAAUGUCUGUCUUUAAAACAUAGCCUUUCAUCACAGCCUGUGUGUUAUUUAUUUUGAUGUGUAUUAUGAAACCAUUUGGAGAUGAGAUGUACUUAUAUGGUUAUCAUGGAGUGUAUGUAAGCAGGAUGAUGUUGCCAGAUUUAUGAUAAAUUUACCAUGGCAGUAA